UCAGUUAGUUCGGAUUGUACAACUUUCGGCUCUGCAAUUAAAUUCACUUGCGGAAAAUUUCAUGAAUUUUAUGUAACACUACAUUUGAAACGUUCAUGGCUGGAAGGAAAAAGCGCAGCGUUCGAGAUACUCGUCAAUCCGUGCAUUUUGAGGAGCCUUCCAAAUCGCAUACAUCCGUAGAUACUGUUAUACAUCCGAGCUAUUCGAAAUUCCAAGUGACCUAUCCUGUCGUUUGCCGCCAGCGCUAUCACCGGGAUAAGGUUCGAUACGACAAAAUGUUCAAGCACGAAUUGAAAAUGUUGGAACUGAUGCAGAACUCGGCCUACGAUUCGAUGCGCUUCCACCGGCAUAUGGCAAUUACUACACUAUGGCCGCCAUUGCAUACUAGGAAGGAGAUCGAAUACGUGCUGAACAAUUUUUUUCGUCUACCGGAUAAACAAACCCGUCGCCUGCGUGACAUUAUUAACUCUCCGGUGUACUGAUGGAAGAAAUUCGUUUCAUUUUAGGUACAGUGAAAAUACAACCACUAGGGAUUGAUAUAAGAUUUUGUUAAACCCUGCGAAAUGGUAGAAAAUAAAGAACAGACUAGCAGAAAAAACUCAUUUCUUU